AUGUCACAGAAAAGCUCCGUCUCGCUUGAAUAUGAGCAACUUAAGAACCAGUUACUCGCCGACAUGAUGGCAAUACCAGCAUUCUUCCCGGCACUUCUCCGACUUGUUAGCAGAGGAGAACCAGUACCCAUUGCUGCUCUUGCUACCGAAGUACACAUACCAAUCCACGAUAUCGAACAGUGGCUCCGUCAACAGCCCGGGACCGACUGGGACAGCCAGGGACGGCUGCUCGGUUUCGGCCUUACCCAGCGCCCGACAAACCACCGAUUUGUCCUGGAUGGCCGGACCCUUUACACAUUCUGUGCCGCAGACGCCUUGAUUUUUCCAGCCCUCCUUGGCCAAACCGCAAAUGUUGAGUCCAGAUGCGCGGAUUCAGGCCAGCAGGUUCAUGUCAAGGUUGAGCCAAAUGCGGUUGUGUUUGCCGACCCUGGACAGACAAUGGUUUCACACAUUCCCGGGUCUCUGAGCAGUUGUGACAUCAGAAGCACAGUAUGUAACCACGGCGUUUUCUAUGCCUCGGUUGAGUCUGCGCUUCACUGGCAAGAGAGACACCCCAACGGGGUGGUCCUUCCAGUUGAAGAGUUCUUCAAUAUUUGUUUAGCUGGAUUGAAGAAGGCAGGCCUCAUUCCAUUUACGUGA